ACUGUGAUUGCACCUAACCUGGAGAAUUCGUCUGGCUGUUCGCAAAAUAAACCCUACGACUAUUCUCCUGCAACCAUUGUCAUCCAUUACUUUGUAUCAAGAAUAUUGGAAAAAUGUCGGCCCAUGUUACUGUACCUCAGACGAUGAAGGCAUUAAGACUAGUUGAGUUUCAUAAGAACUACACCCUUCUCCAUGAUGUCCCUGUGCCAAAGCCAAAGCCCGAUGAAGUUCUCAUCCGUGUAGCAGCCGCUGGCUUUUGUCACACCGAUCUCAUGGUUUAUCAUGGCAUAACCCAGGUAUCGUUGCCUUUCAUCGGCUCUCAUGAACCAGCCGGAACAAUAGUCGGUCUUGGCUCUGAUGUACCUGAGAUAUGGCAUAUAGGGGAUCGUGUGGGAGUCACAAACUUUAUGGAUCCUUGCCAAGGCUGUAACGGAUGCAAAUGGGCUAUGCAGAGUCUUGGGUCGCUCGAUCCACGUUUCUGUGAUAAUAGGACUAUGUGUGGCAUCAUUCGUCGUGAUGGGGCCUUUGCCGAAUACAUGGCUUCCUGGCAUGGUGCUGUGGUGUCCUUGCCUGGCAGCAUAGGUUUUGAGCAGGCGGCCCCUUUGAUGUGUGCCGGGGCAACUGUGUGGCAUGCCAUUAACCAGGCAGAUAUAAUAAAGGGCGAGACCAUUGGCAUCAUCGGUAUAGGUGGCCUUGGGAUUUUGGGCAUUCAAUUCGCAAAGGCUCGAGGCUAUAGGGUGAUGGCUAUUGACAACCAUGAGGUUGGUUUGAAGCUCGCUUCUGGAGUUCCCUCUCACCUCCAACCGGAUCUCAUACUCAAGCUUGAUGACCCAGAAACUAUUCAGAAGAUCUCUGAUUUUACCGAUGGAAUUGGUCUCAAAGCUACCAUUGUAUGCACCAGCGACGAUGCUGCCAACGACUGGGCUGCUCAACGCUUGCAACCAAGAGGAGUAUUAGUCGCCGCUGGCUUUCCUGAGCAUGGUCUUAAAUUCGACCCUAUGAAUCUCAUCUUGAGAGAGAUUUUCGUCAAGGGAACAGUCCAUGGUAGUAUGGAUGAGACUAGAGAGAUGAUGGAAUUUGUAGUUCAGCAUGGAAUACGCAGUCAUUUGACUUUGCUCACGAUGGAGGAGGCAGAAGAUAUCGCGGCCAAGUCAGAAGCUCACGCUUUCACGGGUCGUCCUGUUGUCAAGAUUGGAAUGCACUGAAUGAAUUUGGCCUGGGAUCUUUGUCAGUUCCUCUGCUGGUCGAGUGCGGCUGCAGAGGCAUGAGAAAUGCUAUGUUCUCAAGAAUAUCUGCCUCCCUACGCAUGUUGGCAUGAGACAACCGUGCAGUUUCGAGCUUAUCGAAUACCCAGUUUGGUAUCUCCGCAGCGAUCUUCUUGAAUCACUGGUCGGGUGGUGCAUGUAAAUCAUUAGUUUUGUUAUUGAGGAGUUUUCUGACUCCCGCUGCGAACCCUUCACAAGAAUAUCAACAUUGGGUUUCUAAUAGGCCAGAUUCCAUGCACAUUGAA